CCGGACCGUCGACCACGCCGCACGCUCGCGACCUGUGGCGCGCUCAGCGCGACUUGUUGCAAGGGCCACCUGUUAACUCAUGGAGGCGCCGUGAACCUCAGCGUGGGCCGCGAUGCCGCGCUGCUACAUGGUGAAGAAAGGCACCCAGAGGCACGAGGCCCCCCCUCCCUGCAGCCCCACUGAGGCCACGGUCGCCCCCCCUUGCUACAGUCCUUCUGUACAUCCUGCUGUUACAGAACCGCGCGCCACCGAGUAUGCGGAGUUGGACGGGCCGGCGCCCCAGCGCUCGGCGGCGGAGACGGAGGCAGCGCACGACCUGCUGUCGCUGGCGCAGAGCCUCCCCCCGCUGGCCCCCGCCACGGUCCUCACGGUCCUGCAUUCCCCCGACCCGCCGGUCCUCCCCGUCUACACUUACACCAUCCAACCCACCAACAUCUACAUCCUAGCCGACGAGCCUUCUGAACCCAUCUACCAAACGGUCCAGACGGUUACCCCUCUUCAAUCGGUCGAGUACACGGUCGAGUCCCAGGUCAACUAUGUCUACGAACCCCCUCAGCAAUUGCCCGUGGAGUCGCAGUCUGACUACAUCGAAGUCGAGGCCGUCCCCGAGCGCGAGCUCGAGCCGGAGAUCGAGCCUGAACCCGCGGCGGUGGUGGACGUCGGCCGUCCGGCGAAGGAGAAAACAGCUAAGUAUGAUUGUAAUGAGUGCGGCAAAAGAUACGCGACGUCUUCUAACCUGUCGCGUCACAAACAGACGCACCGCAGCCUGGACUCGGUGGCGGCGAAGCGUUGCGGCGAAUGCGGCAAGGCGUAUGUGUCGAUGCCCGCGCUCGCCAUGCACGUGCUGACGCACCGCAUGGGGCACGUGUGCGGCGUGUGCGGCAAGCAGUUCUCGCGACCCUGGCUGCUGCGCGGACACCUGCGCUCGCACACGGGGGAGAAGCCAUACAGCUGCGCGGCGUGCGGCAAGGCGUUCGCGGACCGCUCCAACCUCCGCGCCCAUCUCCAGACGCACUCCUCUGACAAGAAGUUCGAGUGCGAGCGCUGCCACAAGAACUUCGCCCUCAAGAGCUACCUUAACAAGCACCAGGAGUCGGCGUGCGUCCGCUCCGACGACGAGUGAACCGCUCCCGUCGACGAACGAUUGCAACGAACGAUUUCUCUAUAAACUUCUUUACACCUUUACAAGAAAUAUUUUAUAGCGUAGACGCUGGUAGUUUCGACAAUGUCGAAAGAAUAAUAAGCAAUAAUAAUGUACCUAAUAAAGAUAUGGCUCUUUCCAUAAUUCUAAAUUUAAUAUGUAUAUGUAAUAAAUUGUAUUUUUUCAAUUAUUAGUCCGGCAUCGGCGGAAGCAAUCGUGUCAAUUUAUGGCAAGAGCCUGCAAUGUUACAGUAGGGUUAUAUUUAAAUAGUAAUGAAUAGAUAAGUUAGCGUCGCCCGAGUCGCGCGGUAAUUAGUUGUAGUUUUGGUGAUACGUAGAGACUUAAUGAAACCGUCGAGCUGUGGUACAAAGAGAGCAAUAAAGUAACGAGCGUAGAGUGACAGUGAUAGGCGCACGAUUAGCGUGCGACGCGUAGCGAGUAGCAUAGCGAUAGCGACUCGAGAGGACCAAACUGUUGCGCGACCGCGCGGGCCUACACUCCUUCGCGACCCCUCUUACUGCGCUCCACCCCUUUAUUGCCUAAACUCCAAUCCACGAUAUGUGUCGCCUGAAAUCACAUCACUUGUGGUGUAGUGGCGAACGGUGGCCCCCAAGGUUUUCGAAAUAUCGCGGAUUUGAGUUUCAAGGUCAGGUCAGUGCUUUUAAAGUUAGUUUUUAAGGCAGGCAAGAGACCGUCAAUUACUCAUAUUUUUAAAUUACUAUUACAAUAUAACGAUUAUUGACAUAAUAGUUAUAGCUUUUGUACACUACUCGUAUCACAUUACAGUGUAGGUAUCUAAAACAAAUAAUGCAACGAAAUAUUAUAGAUAGAUGUCUGAAUUUCCCAUGAAAUAUGUAGAAAGAUAAAUAUUACUUGGCAUCGAAACACUAUUUUGUUUACCAACUUUGAUUCAAUCCAUAUCAUAUGUAAAUAUUUUAUUAGUUACAUCAAAUAAAAAUUUAAUGUAAAUGAUUGUAUGAAGUACGAUGAUUUGAUUAAAAAAAGCAAUAACAACACUUGCCUGCUUCAGAAACACAUUUAAAAUCAACCAGAGAUGUAAGUUGUCUUCCACUCCGUGCUUAAGAUGCAAAAUAAAUAGUAAUUUUACUUUAGGUUACUCUCAAAUAGGUCACAUUGCGAACAUGUAGUACUUCCUAGAUUAUGUAGCUAAGAUUAGUAGGGACAGCACACGCGUCUUUUUAUUUCAAAGAGGCAUGACAUAAACAAAGCCAUUGUUUAGGAACAAUGUCCACAGAAGUGACAUGGUUCAGAUUGUUGACUGUGACCUAUUCUAACAAGUAUAUAAAUAGAUAAGUUCUUCCAAGAUCAUGUACAGAGUGUUCUACGUGAUUGCGGUUUGGACUAAUUUAUUUAGAUUUACAAGCACAAAUUACACCUUCACAAUUAUUAGAGUUUAGGACACCAAUUCUCACUUAGACCUAUAGGAUGCUUUCUAAAAAUAACCCGAGGGCUUAGUGCCUUCAACCUAAAAUGAAAAAAAUAACGACUAAGUAUUAAGGUAGAUUUUAAUAAUAACAUUAUAUUUAAAUGUAAAAGUGCAUUUCUGUAUUUAUGACGGACACAGUAAGUCAUUUAGUGAAUUGAAAUGUUAUGUAAGUUCACAAAUUCAUAAUGAAUGCGGGAAGCAGGAGUGGUAAAGAGUUGUGCAUUUUGAACGUGGCAAUUAAAGUUUUACAUUGACUACAAAUAAUUUCUUGCACAAUACAAACUCAAUACAACUGCCAUAACGGUGUGCUCAAGCCCGCAAUGUAUGAGAACGUUCACAAAUAAGAUAGUCACAUGCGAGCACACCGGAGAGUUCGAAAUCGUUGAAGUUGUCGCCAUUACCGAAAUCGGUCGCAUAUCAUCUUCGUCACUGUAAUAAUUUUAGUCGUAAUGUAUGCAUAUGAUAUCCAUGAACUCUAUUACUCAUACACAAUCAUGAUUAUAAGUGUAUUCAAAGAGAAUUGAUUCAAAUUACAUAUUAUUCGUAUGUUUUUUCACUAGUUAAAUAUUGUUAAAGUUUCAAAUUUAUACCGUCAAACGAUAUACAAAUAUCAGUUUCACAGGUUCACAUUUAUAUUUUUUCCCUAUUCGAUCAAGGAUUGAUAUGAUAAUGCAUUUCAUUCACAAUAAUAAUAGAGUUAUUUGAAAAUAGUGUCCAAUCCGCAAGGCUAGUUACAAUCUUCCUUCAAAUACAUAGUAAAGCGAUAGUAUAAGUUAUCAAUUACGAAGUCAACUGAAGAUUCCAGACAGAAUAAAUUACAUUGUUCACAAUCUUUGUGUAUUAUAUU